ACGCUGACUUCAAACUCGACGUUCUUUCCGCCUCAUGUUUACUUUGCAGCCGCCUGUAGCUCCGUGCGUGAUGACGUGGCGUGGUCCGCUUCGUUUGCGUCACGUGACCUGUAGCCGCAAAGAGGUUCUCUGCGUGUAAGGCACCUGGACACCACGCGGGACAUCACGACCUUCAAUAGAACCUCCACAAUUUACUGAUCCGAGCCAAAGGCAAUGCCGAAGAGCUACUUAUACAUUAUAAAGUUCUAUAAUGAGCAGCUUAUUCUGGAAUUGAGUCAGAAACAGGGAAACUGCUGGGAAACACAAAUAAAUGCUAUAAAAAAUCCCCUGUGAUGCCAAAAGAACGAGCUAAUAUUAUGGUUUCUUAAUUGCUCUUGUACAAUUACAGGCUACAAUGUGAAUUGUGUCUUGUAGUGAGACAGACAAAGUUGUGAGUAAACAUUGAGAGCUAUUGUAAUCUGAGUAAUUGGAUGCAAGCUUACGUCCACACAUGACCGUUUAAAACCAUCCUGAUAAUCCCUUUUCUUUUCUCCGGCACCGGCUGAGCUGCAUAUCAGGACAGAGGCACCGCAGACAUUACAACAACUCUGACAGCAGCAGUCAUGGUGGACGCAGCAGCGGCAGAGCAGUUCCUUGAUGCCAACCCACAAUUUGCCAAGCAGUACUAUGACACCAACUUCCGGCCGAAGGUCAUCUCUGACCUGCUGGACGGCAACCGCACGACGGCGGUGGACAUCAGCAAGUUCCACGACCUGACGGCGGUGGACGAGAGCGAGAUCCUCUUCGACCUGGUGCGGGACAUCCAGGACAACCUGCAGAUGGAGAAGUCCCUCUUCAAACUAAUGAGACAUAUCAGCUUCAUGAUGAGGGCCGACCGCAUGAGUCUGUUCAUGUACCGGCAGAGGAACGGUGUCGCUGAGCUGGCAACAAGGUUAUUUAAUGUCCAUAAAGACUCUGUGUUCGAUGAGUGCCUGGUGCCGCCUGACAGUGAGAUCGUGUACCCGUUGGACAUUGGCAUCGUGGGCCACGUAGCAUCCAGCAAGAAGAUGGUUAAUAUUCCAGAUGUGUCGCAGAGCCCUUAUUACAGUAAGUUUGUGGACGAGCUGACAGAAUAUCAGACCAGGAACGUCCUCGCCAUCCCCAUCAUGAAUGGUAAAGACAUGGUGGCGGUCAUGAUGGCUGUCAACAAGUUGGACGGGCCACACUUCAAUGUCAAGGAUGAAGAGAUCCUAAACAAGUACCUGAACUUUGCCAACCUGGUCCUGAGGGUUUUCCACCUGAACUACCUGCACAACUGUGAGACCAGAAGGGGACAGGUGCUGCUGUGGUCGGCCAGCAAGGUGUUUGAAGAGCUGACAGACAUAGAGAGGCAGUUCCACAAGGCGCUGUACACAGUCAGAGCCUUCCUUAACUGUGACCGUUACUCCGUGGGACUCCUGGACAUGACCAAGACCAAGGAGUUCUUCGACAUGUGGCCUGUUCUGAUGGGAGAAGUUCCGCCGUACGAUGGACCCAAAACUCCAGAUGGCAGAGAAAUAAUCUUCUAUAAGGUGAUUGACUACAUCCUCCAUGGCAAGGAGGACAUCAAAGUUAUACCGAAUCCUCCAGCAGAUCACUGGGCCCUGGUUAGUGGUUUACCAACCUAUGUGGCAGAAACAGGACUGAUAUGCAACAUCAUGAAUGCAGCGGAGGAUGAGUUUUUUGACUUCCAGACGGAGCCUCUGGACGAGUCCGGCUGGACCAUUAAGAACGUCCUGUCUAUGCCAAUUGUCAACAAGAAAGAAGAAAUUGUGGGUGUGGCCACAUUCUAUAACAGGAAGGAUGGGAAACCCUUUGAUGAGAUGGAUGAAACCCUGAUGGAGUCUCUCACCCAGUUUUUGGGUUGGUCAGUGCUGAACACCGACACCUACGACAAGAUGAACAAGCUGGAGAACAGGAAGGACAUCUUCCAAGACAUGGUGCUGUACCACGUCAAGUGUCGCAAGGAUGAAAUCCAGAAGAUUCUGAACACCAGAGAGCGAUGGGGGAAGGAACCGGAUGAGUGCGAGGAGGAGGAGCUCCAGGAGAUUCUGACUGAGGUCCUGCCCAACGCCAAGAAAGCUGAGAUUCUGGAGUUUCAUUUCUGUGACUUUGACCACAGCGAACUGGACCUGGUGAAGUGUGGCAUCAGGAUGUACUACGAACUUAAAGUGGUGGAUAAGUUUCACAUCCCCAGAGAGGUCCUGGUGAGGUUCAUGUAUUCUCUCAGUAAAGGCUACAGGAAGAUCACGUACCACAACUGGAGGCACGGCUUCAACGUGGGCCAGACCAUGUUCACCCUCCUGAUGACAGGUGACCUGAAGCGUUACUACACAGACCUGGAGUGUAUGGCCAUGGUGACGGCCGGCUUCUGCCACGAUAUCGACCACAGAGGCACCAACAACCUCUACCAGAUGAAGUCUGGUAAUCCUCUGGCGAAGCUUCAUGGCUCCUCCAUCUUGGAGCGGCACCAUCUGGAGUUUUCAAAGACUCUGCUGAGGGAUGAAUCAUUGAACAUUUAUCAGAAUCUGAACCGGCGUCAGCACGAAGUCGUCAUCCACCUCAUGGACGUCGCCAUCAUCGCCACCGACUUGGCUCUUUACUUCAAAAAACGGACAAUGUUCCAGAAGAUUGUGGACCAGUCUAAGACGUAUGAGAACUGGAACGACUGGACCAAAUACAUGAUGCUGGAGACCACACGCAAAGAGAUCGUGAUGGCCAUGAUGAUGACGGCGUGCGACCUGUCUGCCAUCGCUAAGCCGUGGGAGAUUCAGAGCAAGGUGGCGCUGUCUGUAGCUGCAGAGUUCUGGGAGCAGGGAGACCUGGAGAGGACGGUCCUGGAGCAGCAACCCAUUCCCAUGAUGGACAGAAAUAAAGCCGACGAGCUUCCAAAGCUGCAGUGUGGCUUCAUCGACUUCGUCUGCUCUUUUGUGUACAAGGAGUUUAGUCGUUUCCACGUGGAGAUCACCCCCAUGCUGGAGCGCCUGAUGAACAACAGGAAGGAGUGGAAUGCCCUGAAGGAGCAGCACGAGGCCAAAGUGGCAGCGAUGGAGGCGGCCAACAAAGCCAAGGAGGAGGCAGCAGCUGCCAGACGAGCGUGGUGUCUGCUGCACUGCAGAGCAGCUGUUUGCUGCAGUCACGACUGCCCCACAGACAGCAGCCGAGGACGGCAGGACAGGAAGAGGCUGACGGAGCCCCAGUCGUCCUCCUCCUGCUUCAACUCCGAGCUCCACGAACAGUCACCAGAGGUACGCUUCACAAAUGGCCGUAAUGAGAUAUUUAACGGAUUCUAACGUUUGUUCAGACGCUGACACCAUUAGUCAGAAUGUUGCUGGGAGAAGCUGAGUUAAUUAUUCCAUAUCAUAAGUAACUGUAAUUUGAGGGUCAACUAUUUAUCAUUCCAGUAAAACAAGUGGUGCAAACAUUGCUGUUCAUUAGGUUUUUAUUUGUUGGAGGCAAAUCAAUGAAUAUAUGUACUUUAUACAGUAUAUGAGGAGAACGUCUCUACAGUUUCAUAAUGUAAACAAUCUCUGAAGAGAAAUGUAUUCAGUUUAAAAGGAAGCCAUAGUCUUCUGUUUUAAACUAUUUACAUGAAUUAAAAUAUAAUUUAACAUCAGAUACUUCCGCUUCUAUGAAACUAGAUUUUAACAAUUCAAAAAUACUGAAAUGCCUUUGUCUCCACAUUCUCAAGACAUAUUAAAUCACACAAAACUCAGGAUAAACACAAUUUAAAGACAUCCAAACUAAGUGCCAUAUAAAUAAAAAAGACACGCAAAAUAAAACCAACAUAUGUAAAAAUAUAAAAUCUCACUAUCAGUAUUUUUGUUUUACCAAAAACUAAGUUAAAAAAGAAAAAAAAAUCAUUUGUGAAUUUGAUAGUCAUUAGAUGUAAAUAGACAAUUAAAUCAAUAGUAAUUAAAAACAACAAAAGCAUGUAUGCCCUUAUGUCAAAAUAUUCUCUUCCACCAGAAAAAAAACAUCCACUCACUCACACUUAGCAGAUUUUGACAGUUUGCAGUCCCUACUAUUGCCUAUUUGACAUCACUGUUGCCAUCAAGUUUGACAGGUUAUCUGAACAACUGUUGAUGCUGAAACGUGACAAC